UACGUAUUCAUGCUAUAUAAACGCAGCAGAUGCUGAAAUAAGGAAUUAGGUAAUUCUUAAUUCCUACAUUGUAAUUCUUAAAACUGCACUGUAAGCUACUUUGUUUUAUAACAGAUGAGAUCGUGAUGGCUUGAAAGAUAAAAAAAGACUUAAAAAUGUAAACAAACUGAACUUCAUUGGAACAUGUCUAGAGAACAAGUCUACAGUCGAUAUACAUGUAUUUGAAUGUACCAUUCAAGCAAGUGGAACAAUUUGCGAUAUUGUAUCUUAAAUGACUGUAAUUGCCGGUUAUCAUCGGUAGGGGAGAAACAAAGUACACUACUGACAUUUCUUCCAUAAAAUAAGUCUCAGUGUUGAUUAUUCCUUUGGCAACGAGCCACAGGGAUUGUGCAUUCGUCAGGGGGCAAUCAAACUAUUGUAAUUUUAAGCCGUCUAUUAUGGAUACCAAGAGUACCAUAGAGUUCGUUAUUAAUGAUGUCCCUUAUAUCAUCAAUGGAGAUGUACCUCCUAGAACAUCCCUCAAUGUUUUCAUCAGAGAUUAUGCACAAUUACGAGGAACUAAAGCUAUGUGCCAUGAAGGUGGUUGUGGUGCUUGUAUCGUUUCAGUUGAUGUUAAGGGUAAGACAAUGUCAGUGAAUUCUUGUUUGGUACCAGUCUUAAUCUGUAAUGGAUGGACUAUCAAAACAAUUGAAGGAUUAGGUGGCAAGAAGAAUGGUUACCAUACCUUGCAAGCCUCACUGGCAGGAAAAAAUGGUUCUCAGUGUGGUUAUUGUUCUUCUGGUAUGGUAAUGAACAUGUACAGUCUUUUACAGGGCAAAAAGUUGACUAUGAAAGAGAUAGAAAAUUCCUUUGGUAGCAAUAUAUGCCGUUGUACGGGUUAUCGGCCAAUUUUAGACGCGUUUAAAGCCUAUGCUGCUGAUGCUCCUAAAGAUCUUGUUCAAGAUAUUCACGAUAUAGAAGAAUUAUUUAAAAUUAAAAGUUGCAAAAGGACAGGUUUGCCUUGUGAGAAUGAUUGCAAUAAUUGCUAUACACUUAUUCAAAACACUGAAAAUAAGAUAGACAUGAAGUUAGAAGGUAUGGAGUUUUACAAGGUUUUAUCAGUGGAUGAUUUAUUUGAAGUGUUUGCAAAAAAACCAGAUGCAAGUUACAUUUUACACGGCGGUAAUACCGCACACGGUGUUUAUCGAGUUAAAAUGCCUGAAAUGGCCAUUGAUAUUAAUGAUAUCCCUGAUUUGCAGCGAAUUAGCAAAGAUAACGAUUCCUUACUCAUUGGUGGUAAUUUAUCACUGACCGUAGUAAUGGAAACAUUUCAACAAUAUUCUAAAGAACCAAAAUUUGAAUAUUUACAACAUUUAGCAAAGCACAUCGACUUAAUCGCUAGUGUCCCUGUCAGAAAUAUAGGAUCUGUAGCUGGAAACUUGAUGACCAAACAUCAGCAUCAUGAGUUUCCCUCUGAUCUUUUCCUAAUGCUUGAGACCGCGGGUGCACAAUUACAUAUCGUGGAAGCAGGUGGCAAAAAAUCUAUCGUGAAUCUAUUAGAUUUCUUGAAAAUGGAUAUGAAACAUAAGAUUAUAUAUAGUAUUGUACUGCCAGCACGUGGCAAUGAAUAUGAAUACAGAUCUUACAAGAUUAUGCCUCGAGCUCAAAAUGCUCACGCCCAUGUAAACGCUGGAUUCCUCUUUAAAUUGGACGGGGCUGGAAAAGUUCUGGAAAAACCAAAUAUAAUAAUUGGUGCGAUACGUCCAGAUUUUCUUCAUGCCUCAAAAACGGAAGAAUUCUUAACCGGUAAAUCCAUCUAUGACAAAAACGUAGUUAAUAAAGCUAUUGGAAUACUGGAUAGCGAAAUUCAUCCUGACCACGUGUUACCUGAUUAUUCCCCAAAGUUUCGAAAGCUACUUGCAGAAGGACUUUUCUUCAAGUUUAUUCUGAGCAUUAAACCAGAAAAGGUAGAUCCAAAAAUGCGCAGCGGUGGACCAGUGAUGCAACGUGGCUUAUCUUCAGGAAAACAGGAUUUUGAUACCGACAAGAAUUUGUGGCCUUUGAAUCAACCUCUUCCAAAGAUGGAAUCUAUACAUCAGACAUCAGGCGAAGCACAAUACGUUAACGAUGUACCAUCUUUACCGAAAGAAGUUUUUUGCGCCUUUGUUCUUACUACAGUGCCCAAUGGCAACGUAGAAUCCAUCGAUGCUUCUGAAGCACUGAAAAUGAAAGGAGUGGUAGCAUUCUUUACCGCAAAAGAUAUUCCUGGAAAGAACGUAUUUAUUUCAGCAGCUAGCCAACAAAUUAUGAUGCCUAAUGAUGAAGUGCUGUUUGUAGAUAAAAAAGUCGAAUUUGCUGGGCAACCCGUUGGAGUGAUUGUUGCGACAACGCAUGCAACUGCAAACGAAGCGGUGCAGAAGGUACGUGUUUCCUACGUUGAUGUCCAAGCGGAUAAAGCGUUAUUGAGAAUAGAAGAUGUCCUUGCUUCCAAAGAUGACUCUAGAUUACUUCAAACAGCCAAUGUGAAGGCAGAGACGAAAGGAACGGAUGUAAAGCAUGUAAUAAAAGGAGUAUUUCGAUGCGGAGGUCAGUAUCACUACACCAUGGAACCCCAAACUUGUGUUUGUAUUCCAAUUGAAGAUGGUAUAGAUGUUUUCCCAGCAUCUCAGUGGGUAGAUCUUAUCCAAACUUCCAUAGCCGAGUGUCUUGAUGUUAAAAAUAACAGUUUGAAUAUCAAUGUAAGAAGAUUAGGUGGUGCAUACGGUGCAAAAAUAUCACGUGCUACACAAAUUUCUUGCGCCUGUGCGUUAGUUUGUUAUAAAUUGAAUCGACCUGCACGAUUCGUAAUGUCGAUAGAGAGUAAUAUGAUGGCAAUUGGUAAGCGGAUUGACACUCGUCAGGAAUACGAGAUUGGUGUGGAUGAUAGCGGACGCAUUCAAUAUUUGGAGUCAAACUUCUGGGCUAACUCUGGUUGUAAUUUCAAUGAAAUGCAUGCAGGUGCUAUAGCAGAACACAUUAAGAGUUGCUAUGAUAGUUCUACUUGGACUUACAACGGUUACGAGGCAAAAACUGAUUUACCUUCAAACACUUACUGUCGGGCACCAAGUUCCACAGAGGGUAUUGCCAUGAUAGAAAAUUCAAUGGAACACAUAGCAAAAACAUUAGGAAAAGAUCCAUUACAGGUUAAAUUAGCAAAUAUGAAUGAGGAUCACAAGAAAAUAUUACAACCAAUGAUAGAAGAUCUAAGUAAGAACGCAGACUAUGAGAUGCGAAAGAGAGACGUGGAAGCAUUCAAUAAUGAAAAUCGAUGGAAGAAGAAGGGAAUAGCGUUAGUACCCAUGAUGUAUCCGAUGGCAGUCUGGGGGCAAUUCCAUGCGCUUGUUUCAAUCUAUGCACGAGAUGGUACAGUUUCUGUCACUCAUGGUGGAAUUGAGUGUGGUCAAGGCAUUAACACAAAGGUAGCUCAAGUAGCCGCACAUACUUUAGGGAUAGAUUUAUCCUUGGUUACCGUGAAACCAACUAAUAAUUUAACGUCUCCAAAUAAUUUUGUCACUGGUGGAAGCCUUGCCAGCGAAGUUAACGCAUAUGCAGCAAUGGUAGCCUGCAAAGAAUUGCUAAAGAGGCUAGAACCCAUUAAACAGGAACUGAAAAAUCCAACGUGGCAAGAGUUAGUAAUGACAGCAUGGGCGAAGGAUGUUGAUCUGUGCGCACGUUACAUGUUUACUACAAAAGAUGAUAUCAAACCGUAUGCAAUUUAUGGAGUUACCAUAGCUGAGGUUGAAAUUGAUGUAUUGACCGGGCAACACAUUAUACAGAGAGUGGAUCUAAUGGAAGAUGCCGGAAGAAGUAUGAAUCCAGAAUUGGAUCUGGGUCAAAUAGAGGGUGCUUUCGUGAUGGGACUCGGAUUUUGGACAUCCGAAGAUCUAAUUUAUGACCCAAAAACUGGACAGUUGACAAAUUACAGAACUUGGAAUUACAAACCACCUGGAGCGAAAGAUAUUCCUGUUGAUUUUCGUGUCUACUUCCGUCGAAAUGCUCCUAAUCCACUGAGCGUUCUUCGUUCAAAAGCUACUGGUGAACCGCCCUUAUGCAUGAGUUGUGUAAUACCUAUUGCAAUCCGUAACGCGCUCAAUUCAGCAAGAAAAGAUGCUGGAGAUAGUAAUCCAUGGUUUCAACUUGAUGGUCCAGUCACUACGGAGAAGAUUUUGUUAACCAGCUUGACUUGCAAAGAACAAAUGGUAUUUUAAAAUCAAACAUCAUUGUUUAAAAUAAAACCUAAUUUUAUUAUUGCAUA